UUUUUUUUUGGUUAUUGCCAUUAUAUUGAAAAGAGAAUGAGCGACAUUAGUCCUUCUUCUAGUACAGCAGAAACUAUGAAGCGCCUAUCUUCUGGAGUUAACAUAUCUGAACAAAUAUCUUCCAAUGUUGUUCAGCCAGAUGACAAAGUAUUAAAGAUGGCAACCUUCUCCCUUCAAAAGUAUCUCAAGGAACCUGAUUUUGCAGCCGAAUUUCUUGAACGUGGUGGUUUGGAAUCCUUAUGUGAAAUUAUUAAAAAGGCUAGUGGAAACACAUUGGCGUAUGCGUUGAAUUCAUUUGCUUCACUCAUGGAACACAACACAGGUUGGGAUUCCUUGUCGGAAGAUUUCGUGGUAGAAAUCGCUCACAUUGUUGUCAAUGAAACUUUGGUGACUAUUGGACGACCUGCUACUGCUAUUCUCAUCAAGAUUGUCACAGCAAACAACCACACAGAUGACGAAAUGGGUCGUCCAUCAACUACUGUUACUACCGAUCUGAACUCGAAAGCGACAACAGGUGGAGAAAAAGUGUCAUCAGAUCCUACUACUGAAUCCUCUGAAUCUGGAAAGAAGAAAACUGCGUUUGGCUACCCUACUCUACAAAAGGCUAUCGAGCAUGAACCACAACUAUUAUCCACUUUGAUUCAACGUCUACAAAGUCAAGACUAUACAUUGUGUCUGAACAGUUUGGCUUUAUUGACAGCAAUGUUGAAGACAGUUACUGAAGAACAUCAAAGUGAACUACCAGAAAGAUUAGGUCAACUCAACAUUGGGAAAUACAUUGUGCGUCUUAUGAAUAGUCAUCCAUCUGACGAACUACGGAAACAUCUAUUGGAAUAUCAAACGGCAAUGAUUAGAAAUGUUAUUCAACGAAGAAGAACACCGGUUUCUUUACAUAAUUCCAAGGAUAUGAAAAUGUUGAAUGAAAUAUGGGAUGCUGCAAAGGUAGCCAACAUUCAAGUACCAGGUGCACGUAAAUGGAAAAAGAUUGGGUUUUCUUCGGAAUCUCCUCAACGCGAAUUCACUAGAACAGGGAAAUUUGGUUUACAAAGAAUGCAUGCCUUUGUUGUUGGAAAUCAAGAUUUAUUUGCAAAAAUGCUCUUAGAAGAGAUUCAUAGACCUGAAAAUAAACGAUGUCUAUUUGCCAGAACAAGUUGUGAAAGCACCGAACUAUUGUUUAGUCAGUGGGAUAUCUCAUCUGGAUAUAUUGCUGCAGAAUUGGAUCCAAUAUUGAUGUAUUUUGACCGUGUACAAGCAAGCACUAUUCGACUCUUUUUCCGACUGUUUCAAGAUAUGAAAGCUACGAAUGCUGAUUUCUCCAAAGUAUCUGCCCUAGUCCGUAGUCAAUUGAGGGCUGUUUUCCGAAGUGACACAGUCAAGGAUAUAGGCGAAUUUGAAAGAGUGAUUGAUGGAACUCCGUAUCAAGUCAUCCGUGAUAGAAGAUUAAAGGAAUUGGAAUGGGCUGAUGAUCUACUUGGACGCGAAGCAAUUAGGAAUCUACGUAGUCGACUGAACAAGCAAUCUUAUGAUUUUAUCAAGCAACAAAGGAUCAGCUGUUUAUUACAAGGAGCAUGGUUUCCAAAUUCAUUACAACGCUCUGGUUCUACCUCAACACCAAGUGGUACCAUGGCAACAAACGAACUCAUUGGUAAUGUAGGAAGUAGUGGUGGUGGGUCUUCUGGCAAACGUUGGAGAUACUACAAGCUUAGUCCAUCAAAAAAGGCAUUACAAUUUGGUGAUUUUUCUGAAAGGGUGGCACCUAUCAUCAAGGAUUACGACAAACUUCCCAAUAAGAUCGAUCUCAGUCAAGUUUUUGAAAUUCGUACUAUUCGAAAACGUUCCAAUGCUGGUGCAAUGGCUCUGUUUCCUUUACCUCCAAGUUCGACACCCAUGUCUCCGACUUCACCUGUUGGUUUUGGAUCUCAUCCUUUUGCUUCCAGUAGCAGCGGUAGCAAUUACCUUCAGCAUGAUACAGCAUCAUCGACAUCCGCAUUGGCAUUUGCAUUAUAUAACGAAAAUCAUACAUCUCUGGCAGAAUUCAUAUGUGCAACUUCAGAGCAGGCUUCGGAAUGGAAAGACGGAUUCAGCAUGCUUUUGGACAAGGGGAUCACAAGUAAGGAAACAGCAGAAUACCUACAUUCAUUGACAGAAAUUGGUGUUAAGGUCAAAUUGCUUCAGAUUGCUGGCGAUCGUGUGGAAGUCCCUCAUGGAUCUUUGGAAGUUCCUCCUAUACCUUAUGGAUCAGCUUCUCGGUUUUAUUAUGAUGUUUGAAUAAUAUGAUAGUGACAGCUAGUGUUAUUCAUAGAAUUUCUAUAACUAUUAUUAUUACUUAUUUACUAGUUUGUAUACAACUUAAUAAAUACAUACCCUUCUUAUUUGUAUCAGCAAACAUGUAAUGAUUUAGAUGAUAUGGGUUAAUGAUGAAUGAUA